UCGAAAAAAAAAUUAGAAACGAAAUUGCAGUGUCGGAUAGCAUCGUAUCGAUUGAAUUCUCUCUGGUAUUAUCUAUUCGACAACUUGCAUUUUUCUCCGAAUACGAUUCGAAAUCCGGUGAAUAUUUUAGAUAACGAACGAUGUGUGUAUGUGUAUGCAAUGUCCGAAAGUUUUCCGAAUCAGUCAUCGCACGAUUAUUUCUUCGAACGAUAUGCUUCUCGUCCCGCGAAUUCUUCGCUCGUUCGUGGCGAUCGUUAUUAUUCGAGAAACGCUCGCGUUCGAUUCGUUGGACCGAUUACUCGAGGACGCGAUCCCUAUUUUAUUUCCACCGGUCAGAAUAUCGUUGCAUCUCUGUCGACUCGAGCAAGAGGACGCGAUCGAAUUAUCCAAGAAGAUGUCGAGCAAGCGUUUCAUUCACGAGAUUCAUCGGGAACUCGAUGGAUUCGCGGCACGGACGCACGAUAUUUGGGAGCAUCGAGAUUUGUACGUGUUGGAUUUGAAUUGCGAUUAUGCGAUUCCAUUGUUGCGAGCGGCGAACGGGACAGGUAUGUUCUCCGCGCCGAUAAAAUGGCUGUUGCUUCGAGAUCGAUCGUCGAUCGAUGGAGAUUCGACGGACGAAAGAGAAACGUUGAAAGACAUGGCCGUAUAUCCUGAUAGCGAAGUGAUCGUCGCGAAGGAAAGAAUGAACGGUGUCGUGGAGAUAAGCUCCGUGUACAGACCCAGUCGUUUCCACGAGACGAUCGAGGAGGAUCGAGGGAAUUGGACGAUCGAAUAUGGCGUACGAAUGCGAAAUUUAUAUCCCUCGUCGCGACGAAGAAGAGAUCUUCGACGCACGCCGUUGAAAUCCUGCCUCGUGAUGACCGAUCCCGAUACGAUCAACCAUUUAACUGAUUACGAAAAUAAGCAUAUAGAUCCAGUUACGAAGGCCAAUUAUCCUUGGAUAAUGCACAUAGCGAAUCGAAUGAACGCAACAAUUAGCUUUCGCGUAACGGAUAGCUGGGGAUAUCGAAGCGAGAACGGUACGUGGAGUGGAAUGACGGGGAUGUUGCAACGUAGGGAAAUCGACAUAGGCGGGACGGGAACUUUCUUUAUUCCACAACGUAUCGGUGUGGUAGAUUAUAUACAACUUUACACGCACACCAGAGCAUGCUUCAUCUUUCGUCAACCUUUGCUGUCCACCGUCAGCAACAUAUUCACGCUACCGUUCCAACGAUCCGUUUGGAUAGCGAUCGCAGUUUUUCUCUUGCUGUUACUCGGAUUGCUCUGUUUCUCCACCAAAUGGGAGUAUCGAAGAGGUGCAUCAACGAGCACGGCUCGAUAUUGGCAACAAUUCAAUCCAGCCGAACAAACGGUUAGCGAUAACUUGAUGGUUAUAUUGGGAGCGAUCGCGCAACAAGGAUAUUCUUACGAGCCAUAUCGCGUUCCCUCGAGAAUAGUUACCUUGAUGCUUUUGAUCGCAGCGCUUAAUUUGUACGCCUCUUACACGGCAAACAUCGUCGCUCUGCUUCAAUCGACCACCGACUCUAUCAAAACGCCGGCCGAUCUGUUGCACAGCCCGUUGAAAUUAGGCGCUCAAGACGUGGUAUAUAGCCGACAUUAUUUCAAGAGUUUUCAAGAUCCGAUACGAAGAGCGAUAGUCGAUCAAAAAAUCGAGCCGAAGGGUCAAAAUGGUUCGUGGAUGUCAGUCGAAGAAGGUGCACGCCGCGUCAGAAACGAACUGUUUGCGUUUCACGCGGAACGAGGCGCCCUCUACAAGAUCAUGCAGGAAACGUAUUUCGAGGAUGAGAAAUGUGGAAUCAUGGAGAUAGACGUAAUGAACAUGUUGGAUCCGCUUCUAGUCAUUCAAACUCGAUCCCCGUAUUUAGAGAUCGUCAAGAACACAGCUCUUCUAUUGAGAGAAACCGGGCUCAAAAUUCGCGAAGACGUCCGGCUGUACACGAACAAGCCCAAGUGUCAUGAACGGAAGAGCUUCGUUAGAAUAGGUUUCACCGAGUGUUACUUCGCGCUGGUCGCGUUAGGUUAUGGGACGCUUCUCAGUCUCGUCGUGUUGGCGAUCGAAAUCGUUUGGCAUAAAAAAAUCCAGCAAAUUCGUUGGGGUCGAACAUUGAAGAGUAACGAUGCAAUGACUAUCGCGACGUGGAGCAAAGCUGUUCCGUUCGAAUUCGAAUUUGAGGAGAAGGACGAGCAUCCGACGACGAGAGAGGGGAUUCGAUCGAUAACUCGAUUCGAUUCGAUGAACCUACGUAAAAACCAUGAGGUCGAGAGUGCACUCGGGUAAAUCUUCGACGCACUUGGCAGGAUUGCCGGCGAAACGAGUGAACGAGGGAACUACGGUCUCCGGUGGAACCACAGCUCCAUCCUCGAUGUAACAACAAUCCUUCAAGACGCACCUCCUUCCCUGUGUAGUUGAAAGAGCACUUACGAUUCUUUCUCUCUCUUUCUCUUUGUGUACUAUAUACGUACGAAUAAAUUCUUAUGUUUGCGCAUGAUA